AUGGCUCAGACUUGUGCAUGGGUACUCGAGCAGACUGCCGCAGAUAUAACCAGGAAGAACGAAGAAACACUGCGAUGGGUUCACCAGCAACAAGGACAAGGACCCUCACGGUUGCAGACCGAAACCUUCCAGAGGAAUGGCAUCGAUAGUCCUUCACAUCCUGUGGAAUUCAUCGAAGUGUUUACUGUCGAGCUUGGAGAUCUACGCCUCACGCAGGAGACGUGGAGAGCGGCAGAACGAUGGCAAAGAGAGGCGGAAAGGGUUGUUGCGGAAGAAAUGCGACGGCUUCGAGCAGCACGACUGGCGACGGAGCGAUGCAAGCUAGCAUAUGAGAGGAAAAAGGCAGAGGAUGAGGCAAGAGAACGCAGACGGCGAGGAAGAGAAAGCGAAAGAAUGAAGAUGAGAAACGAUGGGGCAGAUCGGAGUGCAUGGGAUACCUACGAGGCUCGAUGGGCGACGAUCGCGUCGAACGCAGGGUCAGCGGAGACACUGACUUUCGAGACAAUACCCUGGCCGGUAUUCACUGCACCACGAUCCGCGGAUGAUAUCAGGCCGGGACGGGUGGCCAUGUUCAUCCUAUCUCCUGUUCAUUCCCAGGGCCAAUCACGGAAAGAACGAAUCCGAGCAGCAUUACGGCGAUGGCACCCAGAUCGGUUUGGCCGAUUGCUCUCCCGUGUCGAAGAGCAAGACAAAGCGAUAGUCGAAGAAUGUGCCGGACAUGUUAUUCGCUGUCUGAAUAAUCUACUAGAGAGGCAAACCUAG